CACAUUUAUGCAAUGCGGCUGAAAAUUGUUAACAAGACAAAGGUUUAGCUGUUCCUGAUCAAGAAGACAAUCUACUCAAUUCAAAUAAAGAAAAGGAGUAUUUCAUGCUAUAAACCGAUAUAUUUGUAAUCCGAAAAUGCGAAGUUUGUUCCGUCCAUUAGUGCUCUGCCUCUUAAUUUUGUCCUUGCAGUUUCGCUUCGACUCAGGUUCAAAAGUGACAAAAAAUGCUGAAUUUCGUCUUCGUGAAGAUUUGUUAUCAAAUCAUAACUCCAAAACGCUACCAUCGUUAAAUGAAACGACACCGGUGACUGUCAAACUAAGUCUUACAUUGCGACAGAUUCUUGAUGUGGAUGAGAAGAAUCAGGUGAUGGUAACAAGUAUUUGGUUCCGACAGUUUUGGAAGGAUAACAUUUUAACAUGGAAUGCCUCGGAAUAUGAGGGAAUUACGGAAUUGCACCUGACAAAAAAAGAGAUCUGGGUUCCUGACAUGAGUAUUUACAAUACAGCAUCAAACUACGGAAUUCUGUACCAAAGACUGGACACACAAGUUGUUCUUCGGCACAACGGUGAAGUAUCUUGGUUAGCUCCAGUCCAAGUAAAAACUGAAUGCAAAAUCAACGUGAAAUAUUUCCCAUUCGACGAGCAAAUUUGCAAGGUCACUUUUGGGUCCUGGACUUACCAUGGUUUCAAGGUUGACAUUUACAGCGGUCAUGCUGAUGUUGAAAACUUUGUUCAAAACACGGAAUGGGAUCUUAUUGAAGCAUAUUUCACACGUCUGGUGAAGAUUUAUCCUUGCUGCAACGAACCUUACCCCAGCAUCACCGUUCAUGUUCGAAUAAGACGCCGAGCGUUGUUCUAUCUCUUCAAUCUUGUUAUUCCGUGUGGAGUGAUAGCCCUUCUCGCGUCCCUUGCCUUUUUUCUUCCUUCUAAUAACGGUGAACGCAUCUCUCUUGUGGUAACGGUACUCCUGUCCUUGACUGUGUACAUGUUGAUAGUAUCGGAGACGAUGCCUGCCACAUCAGAAGUUGUGCCUCUCAUUGGAAAGUUCUAUAUAUCGACCAUGGUUCUCAUAGCCCUCACCCUGAUCGCUGUUUGCAUCACGCUGAAUUGCUGUGAACAAGAAAGACGAAUGUCGAGAUGGCUGAGAGAAAUUCUCAUAAAUGUUAUUGCUCGAGUUUUGUGUAUUCUACAAAAACAACAAAUUCGAACGAACGCUAUUGGUAUGCGUGUGAAUGAAGCCUUUGUUUUGGAGAAUACUUUAGCGAAGUCAACGUCGGCAGGAGCUCAGCCAAAACAAAAUCAAAACCAUCCAAGUUCAAAUGAGGAGAACACAAUCGAACGUGCAGCAGAUGCUUUAGGAGUUACCUCAGUGAGAAACGAGAAGAAAAAAUUGGAGGAUGUUGUGCUACAACAAAAAAUCAAAACUCAAAAAGAAAAUAAAGAGAUCAAGGCAGAAUGGAAGUUGGCAAGCAAAGCACUCGACAGAAUGUUCUUCAUUGUCUUCCUUCUUUCAUUCAUACUCAUGUCGAUAAUCGUUUUCUCAGAAGCUCCACAUAUUUCCUUAACGUGAACAGUUGGGGCCAAGGAUUUUUUGGACGCUUGUAAAAUGGAACAUAAAAAGAAUAAUGCAAAUCAUAACCGAGUAUAUAGAGAGUAAUCAAAACGUAUAUAUGUAAUCUGUGUAAACUAUAUAAAACUGAGAGAUCAAAUAAAUAUAAACACGCGAAAAAAGAUGCGAGAAGUCAAAGAAACUGUUCCCUGUUUCUUGUGGUGUAUGGAAAAUAAUUUUAAUUCAGUUUAUCUCUAUAGAUCAAACGUUUUUGCUUCGGGCUAAGCCAAUCAGAACGCGACAUUGCAACAUGCAGAAGUUCAAAAUCUUCAAGAUGGCCGCCAAAGGGGAGUUUGCAUGGAUUUUGUGAUUUUGUUCUGGGUCUGACCUGAUCUUACUGUUCUCAAUCCCCUGCUGUUGGAGAAGGUUUCCAAAAUGGUUUGUGUGUGGUGCUUGGUGG